AUGGAGGAUGAUAUCCGACGCCGCGGCGAAAUCCCUGCUGGCUUUGGGCCUGCGUUUGCGUCCGAGAUUGACGGGAUACUCCAGCACUCAGGGCCACGAGAGAAUGCCUUGUUAUGGGCAAAAAAUCUCCGAUUUCUGACUUUUGACGAUGGCACCGACGUCUCGACUACCAGAAAAACUCCUGUGUCGAAAUCAGGACAAUGUCAACGCUGCGCCCAGGGAGUCCCGCUUCCUUCAGGCCACAAAUGUGCUAUCCACGCCAACAUCCGGUUAACUCCCAAGGAGCUGGAGACUUGGGAACGGAAACUACAGAGCUACUCGAAUCCAUGUGUUCACGUUGAAGACCUGACUUGCGAUGGCUGCCGUCAUAUUCCCCUGUUUCCGAACACUGGCGACAUCUCAACAUUUCGGAUCCGGAGAGCCAAGGUUGAGUGUGUGGAUGGGAUUGCGGUCAAUUGCAAGCAUUUCGUCGCCGUGUCUUACUGCUGGUCGAGCCAGGAGGAUGACGAAAGUGAGGACAAAGACAAGGCUCAGCCAUACACGGUUAUCGAAGAGAAUGGGACUCGGCGCCCUGUGAGAGCCUCGCGGGCAACCAUCGAUCGCGUUGUACGUUUUGCAAGAGAAAACGGAUUCCGUAUGAUCUGGAUCGACCAGGAAUGCAUUGAACAGGACAACCCAACGGAGAAAGAAUUGAGCAUUCAAUCCAUGGACCUUGUCUAUCAAAAAGCACACACCUGUAUCGGACUCAUGAGUAUCAAAUGGGAGCAGCGCCAUCUCAAUGCCUUCUUGUUAGACGCAGAACUCAGCGCCAAAGGGAAACAAGAAAACAAUCGCCGAGGCCCUCGGCCCGUUCGUAAAGGACCUCCUCUACCCCCUGAGGAGUUCAUGGAAGACCUAGUCGAGGCAGUGUACGGAUUAGUAUACGAUAGAUGGAACACGCGGGCAUGGGUUCUUCAAGAAGCCUUCAUAGCAUCCGACCGAAUGCUCUUACUCUUCCCGCGUGUCGAACCGGUUGACGUAAGCGGGUGGUGGUUUGUUUGCCACGAAAAGUCCCUCACCGAGCUGGCCGUCUCUCUCCAUAUGAUCCAAGACGCUCUUGAGUACUAUGUUUUACCUCACUUCCCCCGCGACAUAAUGACGGCCGAAAAAGGCUCAUGGCAGGCAAAGUUCUUUGACGAUAUCAGAUUCUUCUAUCCUCGGUCUAUCGAUACACUUUUCCGGCUAUCUCUUGGCGACUUUUGGGAGAGAAAGGGAUGCGACGCUGCCACUGCAUUGGCGUUCUUGAAAAGGCGAGACCUGUUUCGCGUGGCUGACCGGAUUGCCAUUCUAGCUAAUAUCUGUGGCUAUGAAAAACGACUAAAUACGACAGAGCUGGAGAAAUCAGGACGCAACCUGUCGCAUUGUCUCCUUAGCCUUGCAAUCAUCAACGGAGACCUUUCGCUUCUACUGCCGGAAAUGUACAAUGUUCCGUCAAGCCAUUCUAUAGCGUUCCCCUCCAAGCAGGAAUCUGACUUCAGCUGGGUUCAUUCCCUGACGCAAGGUCUACACCUUCUUGAAUCCGCCUCUUUGACGCCGGCGUCCAAUACAGCUGUCGCAGAGGUUCCAACACCAUACAAACUCUCCUCAGGGGGGCUGUCACUUCUAGGGAUUCUUUGGGAGGUGAACGAGUUCGUUAGGCUCGAACCGAUCCAAACGAAAUACUCCGACAGCUGGCAGCAAGUAAAGCAGGACGGUGCAUCUCCCGAUGCGCGGCGUAAAGCUACCACACACAUAUUCUUUGAGAUAAUCAUACUACUCAAAGCAAAAGGCAUGAUACAAGUCGCCGAUGCCAUUUUCAACUCAGUCUCGGAUCCCAAAUUCGGCGUUGAUCACUCCGACACCUCGACGCAGAACGUCGUUGAGUCAGUCCUCCAGAUACCCCGCAACAUCAGUGCAGAAAACAGAGGAAAGAUGUUCUGGAUGAGUUGGGUCAUUGGUGGAAUGCCACAUCAGUCCUGGAUCAUCGAUCGCAUAAUGCAGAGCGGCGGACUGUGGCUUGCACAGCCAAUUAACGAGGGAGCCCUUCCCUUUGGACAAGACAAGCCGUCUUCCCGCACAUCGUGGUGGAAAAAGAAGCCUGCAUCAACAAACGGCUUAGUCACUGCAUUGCGAUCUCAUAACAUGUCGGCGCUGGGCGAUAGCUCGGGCCUACACGUUCUAUCCGUGUUAAAGAUGCUGCAAGAUGGGACUUCCCAGCUGUCGAAGCAAAGCCACAGCGAUCAACUUCUACAGGCUUCCUUGUUUGCGAAAUUGAUGCCGGAAAUCAAAGAAAAAUUCCUAGAUGGCCCGAAAUCUUUGGGUAUCGGAAACUCAGCAGCUGGCGAUAAGGGUAAGGCCAGGGAAAGCUCCAGCCCCCUGGGCUCAGUCCCCGAUUUGGUUCCCAUUGAAUAUUAUUCUCUAAGAUUAGCCGCUCAAGUUGACGUUUCCGAAUUUCUCAACCGGAGGGCGGUAUUUGACCUUGGCGGAAGUGAUGCGCAAGGGACACAUAUUAUUACACCUUUCCAAGCAUAUCUUGAAUCCAUUCCGAGGCCAAAGGCAAGGGGCCUCAGUGCCUCAUGGGUAGUGGAAGACUGCGGUAGGACUACGCCGAAGGGUGAUAAGAAAGGGGAGAAAAAGUUUCGAGCGAAGGGGAUGGUGAAGGGGAUGUGGCGUCACACACUUUUUUAUUCCGGACGGUUCACUUUGGUAUGA